UUCCUGUGCUGGGAAUCUGGCCUGAGUUUCCUGCUGCUAUUCACAAAGAUGCUUUUUAUCUUUAACUUCUUGUUUUCCCCACUUCCAACCCCGGCACUGAUCUUCAUUCUGACCUUUGGAGCUGCCGUCUUCCUGUGGCUGAUCAACAGACCUCUGCCAGUUUUGCCUCUCAUUGAUUUGAACAACCAGUCAGUGGGAAUCGAGGGAGGAGCACGGAAGAAUGCUCGCCAGAAGAACAAUGACCUAAUACGUUACUACUUCUCAGAUGCCAAGACAAUGUAUGAAAUUUUCCAAAGAGGACUUGCUGUGUCUGAUAAUGGGCCUUGCCUAGGAUAUAGGAAACCUAACCAACCCUAUAGAUGGCUGUCCUACAAACAGGUGUCCGACAGAGCAGAGUAUUUGGGCUCCUUUCUCUUGCAUAAAGGGUAUAAGCCAUCACCAGACCAAUUUGUUGGCAUCUUUGCUCAGAAUAGGCCAGAGUGGAUCAUCUCCGAGUUGGCUUGUUACACGUACUCCAUGGUAGCCAUCCCCCUGUAUGACACCUUGGGAGCAGAAGCCAUCAUAUACAUUGUCAACAAAGCUGAUAUCACCACGGUCAUCUGUGAUACGCCCAAAAAGGCAUCAGUCCUCAUAGAGAAUGUGGAGAAGGGCCUCACCCCAGGCCUGAAAAUGAUCAUCCUCAUGGAUCCCUUUGAGGAUGAUCUGAAGCAAAGAGGGGAGAAAACUGAAGUUGAAGUCUUAUCCCUGUUUGAUGCAGAGAACCUAGGCAAAGAGAACUUCAGAAAACCUGUGCCUCCUGAACCAGAAGAUCUGAGUGUCAUCUGCUUCACCAGUGGGACCACAGGUGAUCCCAAAGGAGCCAUGAUAACCCAUCAAAACAUUGUUUCAAAUGCUGCUGCUUUUCUCAAGUGUGUGGAGUACACUUUUGAGCUUACCCCUGAGGACGUGACCAUAUCCUACCUCCCCUUGGCUCAUAUGUUUGAGAGGGUUGUACAGAUGGUUAUAUACUCUUGUGGAGCCAGAGUUGGGUUCUUCCAAGGAGACAUUCGGUUGCUGCCUGAUGACAUGAAGACUCUGAAGCCCACAGUGUUUCCCUCGGUGCCGAGACUCCUUAACAGGGUCUACGAUAAGGUACAAAAUGAAGCCAAGACACCCUUUAAGAAGUUCUUGUUGAACCUGGCUGUUGCCAGUAAAUUCAGUGAAGUAAAAAGAGGCAUUAUCAGGCGUGACAGCUUAUGGGACAAGCUCAUCUUUGCGAAGAUCCAGGCCAGCCUCGGCGGGAGGGUCCGCUUCAUGGUCACCGGAGCUGCGCCCAUCGCCUCACCCAUCCUGACAUUCCUCCGGGCAGCAAUGGGGUGUCCGGUAAGCCAAGCACCUUCUCUGAAGAUAGCUUAUUUAACUUUUACACAAAUAAAGCUCGCUGUUAAAGAUGAAAACACAACUGAAAAGAUAUGCAUCAAAGGCACCAACGUGUUCAAAGGAUACCUGAAGGACCCUGAGAAGACAGAGGAAGCCCUGGACAAGGAUGGCUGGCUUCACACAGGAGACAUUGGCCGCUGGCUUCCGAAUGGAACUCUGAAGAUCAUUGACCGUAAAAAGAACAUUUUCAAGCUGGCCCAAGGAGAAUACAUUGCUCCAGAGAAGAUAGAAAAUAUCUACAUCAGGAGUAGACCAGUGUCACAAAUUUUUGUACAUGGGGACAGUUUACAGUCCGCCUUGGUGGGAGUGGUGGUUCCUGACACAGAUGUGCUGCCCUCAUUUGCAGCCAAACUUGGGGUUAAAGGCUCCCUUGAAGAGCUGUGCCAGAAUCAGAUUGUAAAGGAAGCCGUUUUAGAAGACAUGCAGAAAACUGGGAAACAAAGUGGCCUUAAAUCCUUCGAACAGGUCAAAGACAUCUUUCUUCAUUUAGAGCCAUUUUCCACUGAAAAUGGACUCUUGACACCAACACUGAAAGCAAAGCGGGGCGAGCUUUCCAAGUACUUUCGGACCCAAAUCAACACCCUGUACGAGAAUAUCCAGGAGUAGGUUAAGUUUGCUGCCGAGCUGGAAGCUAUGGGGGAAGAAGUUGAAACUUACGUCAAGUGCACUUUUCUGGCAAAUGAGGAAAACACUGAGCAAAAACCUCCUAAACUGGGAGCAAGGACCUAUGAGCAAGCAUGCCACCUACACAACAGGCUUUUCUUCUGUGAAGGACUGGCUAUCGUUUCUCCCCUGGACUCCAGUUCCUGCUGUAUCUUACCUCCGGACAACACAUGUUGCUUCCACUUGUAAAUGUAAAGUCUUUAAAAUAAACUGUUCCAAGUACUAA